CCAUGUCCUGUCCUUCUCCACACUGCGACACCAUUUUGAUGUAGCAGGCAGCGAGCAGGAGAGGAGAGGAGAGCGCCUUCCUGCAGAGCCGAUCGGAGGCCCUCGCUCAUUUGCGCCUGGCUGGUCCCCUCGCCGUGUUUCAGUCUGAAGCCGUUGGCUGCUACCGAAGCGCUUGGCUCUUUCUCUACGAUCCGAGCGCGGCUACAAUCUUACCACUACUGCCCCUUCCAGACCCCUCUAACCCGGAUUUACCGCCACGUAUGCCGCUGGUUCGGGCGCGCGUCGGUCAUUGGGCAUCCCGAGCGCCGCGUGGCCGAGUCUGAGGCCGAUAUAACGCCGUUUUGGGGGUGAAAUUAGCGCUUGAAAACAACGAAGGCGCUGGAGGAGGAGAUUCCAUAUUAGGAGCACAGAGGAGAAGGCGCCCCCCUUGUGUGGCUUGGAGCUUUCGGUCCCAUGCUCAUGCUCCUGGCCUCUGACUGGACAUAGCGGCGCUGACCACAAACCUACGACUGAGGUGCGGAGUGUGCUGCUGCUGACCUCAUGGUGUAACAGGAGUAAAGAUGAGCAUUAGCAGCGAUGAGGUCAACUUCCUGGUCUACAGAUACCUACAGGAGUCAGGGUUCUCCCACUCUGCCUUUACGUUCGGCAUCGAGUCUCACAUCAGCCAGUCCAACAUCAACGGCGCUCUGGUGCCCCCUGCUGCCCUCAUCAGCAUCAUACAGAAGGGGCUGCAGUAUGUGGAGGCCGAAGUCAGCAUCAACGAGGACGGCACGUUAUUCGACGGGCGGCCCAUCGAGUCCCUGUCCCUGAUCGACGCGGUGAUGCCUGACGUGGUGCAGACGCGGCAGCAGGCCUACAGGGACAAACUGGCCCAGCAGCAGGCCGCCGCUGCAGCACCCGCCUCCACCACCGGGGGCAGCAUCAGCGGCAGUGCCAAGAACGGAGAGAACACUGCCAACGGGGAGGAGAACGGAGCGCAUGCCUUAGCCAAUAACCACUCAGACCUGAUGGAGGUGGAUGGAGACGUGGAGAUCCCUCAAAACAAGGCCAUGGUCCUGAGAGGCCACGAGUCUGAGGUGUUCAUCUGCGCCUGGAACCCCGUCAGUGACCUGCUCGCCUCAGGGUCUGGAGACUCCACGGCUCGGAUCUGGAAUCUGAGUGAGAACAGCACGAGCAGCUCCACUCAGCUGGUGCUCCGACACUGCAUCAGGGAGGGGGGCCAGGACGUGCCCAGCAACAAGGACGUCACCUCCCUCGACUGGAAUAGUGAAGGCACGCUCUUAGCAACAGGAUCAUAUGACGGCUUCGCCAGAAUAUGGACCAAAGAUGGUAAUCUGGCCAGCACACUGGGCCAACACAAAGGACCCAUCUUUGCUCUAAAGUGGAAUAAAAAAGGCAACUUCAUCCUGAGCGCCGGAGUAGAUAAAACUACAAUCAUAUGGGACGCCCACACAGGAGAAGCCAAGCAGCAGUUUCCUUUCCAUUCAGCUCCAGCUCUGGACGUGGACUGGCAGAGCAACAACACUUUUGCGUCGUGCAGCACAGACAUGUGUAUCCACGUGUGCAAACUGGGACAGGACCGGCCCAUCAAGACAUUCCAGGGACAUACAAAUGAAGUAAAUGCAAUCAAGUGGGACCCCACGGGGAACCUGCUGGCCUCCUGCUCAGACGACAUGACGCUAAAGAUCUGGAGUAUGAAGCAGGACUCGUGUGUCCAUGACCUCCAGGCUCACAGUAAAGAAAUCUACACCAUCAAAUGGAGCCCCACUGGCCCCGGAACCAACAACCCCAGCGCUAAUCUCAUGCUAGCAAGUGCAUCGUUUGACUCGACAGUGCGUCUGUGGGACGUGGAGCGGGGCAUCUGUAUCCACACUCUGACCAAACACCAGGAGCCCGUGUACAGCGUGGCCUUCAGCCCGGAUGGCAGACACCUGGCCAGCGGCUCCUUCGACAAGUGUGUGCACAUCUGGAACACGCAGACGGGAGCUUUAGUCCAUAGUUACAGAGGGACAGGGGGCAUCUUCGAGGUUUGUUGGAACGCAGCGGGAGACAAAGUGGGAGCCAGCGCGUCAGACGGAUCUGUAUGUGUACUAGACCUGCGGAAAUAGUGCUGUGCCGUUGGAAGCCAUGGACCGACCGUGAAUGUGUACAUAGCCAAAAGACUGUCCCCGCCCCUCACUCUGGCUCCGCCCACUCACACACAGGAAACAGGAAGUGGGGAAACAGGAAGCAAGCACCGACAGAAGCAGAAGCAGGUCCAAAACCCAGGGCUGAACCAAUGGACGUAUGGACACAGGGCGGCUCUUACACUCUCUCUCUCCGUCUGCCCCAAAACGCAGAGGAAAGUCGAGAGAGGAAAAAGACAAAAAACAUCCAUAUAUGUACCAAAAUCUGGAAGCUAUUUUGCUUUUUUGAUCUUUAAACCAUGUCAUCAAAACGAAAACGGACAAAAUGGUGUUCUUUGUUACUAGUUGGACUUCAUUGUGCGACAUAUCAAGAUCUCCACUAAAUAGGAUGGCACUUAGAAUUUUUUUUUAAAUUUCAAAUCCAAUGUUUUAAAUGUUUUUUUUUUCUUUUUUUUUUUUUUUUUAUUUACUUUUUUUUUUUUUGUAACUUUUUUUUUAUCUUUCAGGAAGGCCAGGACUGUUCAGCUCACCGCACAAAAGAAUGCGAUUACAGACAAUUUUAAAAAGUCACAUAAUUACAGUUUUUAAAUCAAACUUAAACUUACAAACUCAAUAAAACAACUAAAAAAAAUAAAUAAAAUCAAUAUUAGUAAUCUGAAUGCUUGUGAUUUUUACCGUCGCUUGAUCUCGCGCAAUAAUAAAUGAAUAAUGAAUUAUGCAAAUGAAAAUUUUAUAAAAUGUUAAUGGUCAACUUCUCGCUUUUUAAACAAUGAAUCAAAUUUAAAGAGGAGGUAUUACACUUCUAUCGGGCAUUAACUUCUAACGCACACAUAUUUAGAUCACCAUGUUACUUUAAUUGUUUUGAAAAUUCUGUAUUCGCAUUGGACGACAUCGAAAACCUCUUCAGGCAUGUUUUUGAUGAGGGAUCGACGUUAUAACAUGGUAGAAAUCUUCAAAAAGUCGUUCUAACAUGAUAGAAAGCUCCAGAAAAUCUUUCUAACAUGGUAGAAAUCCUCAAGAAGUUGUUCUAACAUCUUCAAAAAGUCUUUCUGAAAUAUUAGAAAGCUCCAAAAAGUCUUUAUAACAUGGGAGAAAUCUUCAAAAAGUCUUUCUAACAUGGUAGAAAGCUCCAAAAAGUGUUCCUAACAUCUUCAAAAAGUCGCUUUAGCGUGAUAGAAAGCUCCAGGAAAUCUUUCUAACAUGGAAGAAAGCUUCAAAAAGUCAUUCUAUCGUCUUCAAAAAGUCUUUCUGAAAUGGCAGAAAUCUCCAAAAAGUCAUUCUAACAUCUUUGGAAGCUCCAAAAAGUUGUUCUAACAUGGGAGAAAACUCCAGAAAGUCUUUCUAAUAUGGGAGAAAUCUCCAAAAAGUCUUUCUAACAUGGUAGAACUCUUCAAAAAGUUGUUCUAACAUGACAGAAAGCUCCAAAAAGUCAUUUUAAAAUGGUAGAAAGCUCGAAAAAAGUCUUUCUAAAAAAGUCUUUCUAACAUGGUAGAAAUCUCCAAAAAGUCGAUUUUGCGUAGUACCUCCUCUUUAAGAACUUGCCUAGCCACCAAAAAAGACCAACUAUGAGUUUACCAAUGAAAUAUGGUCUGCAUCAGAUUGAAAGUGUUGGUCUAAAUAUUUUGUCCUAAAUAUUGACAAUAAUUGUAUUUGACGUUUUUGUUUUAGCUGAAAUUGGGGCUGUUUUACGAUUUAAAAUCCAGAAUUUACACAAGUUUCAUUUUCUGUUAAGAGUUCACAUCUUUUUUUGUGAAUACUGAGCUGAACAUUUCUGGUUAAAUCCCUUCAACAAUUACCACAGAAUUUAAAUUUCUGCUUUUAAAAAAGUGUUUAUUUGAAUUUGUCUUUUUCAGGACGUUUCAGCCUCAAACUUUAUCCACAAUUCAAAUUAGGAUUUUUGCAAUUUUUGCUCUUACAUGCUACCUGUAGUUACUCCUUUAUAAGCUGGGCAUUACUUAAAACAUUAUAAAAACGUACAAAUUAAAAUAUUGAAUUUUAAAGCGGAAACGUCUAUUUUUUUUUCCCUCCAGACGUUUCAGCCUCAAAUUCUGUCUAAAAUUCAUAGGAUUUAAAAAAAAUGUGUCCCCAAUGACUACCUGUAGUUGCUCUUUAAAUAACUGGGCAUUACUUAAAACAUUAUCCCAAAAAUACAAGUGAAAAUCUAAAAUUUCUAACUGGAAACUUGGAUGUUUCAGCCUCAGAUUCUUGACUCAAUUCAAAUUAAGAUUUUCACUAUUUUCAUCCCCAAAUGUCUACCCGUAUUUGCUCCUUUAUUAACUGGGCAUUACUUAAAUCAUUAUCCUAAAAAAUGUGAAUGAAAAUAUAAAAUUUGUAACCUGAUGAAACGUCUUGUAAAAACUUCAAAUAGUCACUUGCGCCCUCGUCACUACCACACGUUUAACAAGAGUUCAUUUUGUUUUUGUUGACUUUGCAUCCUAUUGAUCUGUUCCAAUUCAAAUCAGAUCAGUCCAACUAAAGUCAGAAUAAAAUCUAUUUUGAUAAGAA